UUGUUCUUUCUUGUUUAUGCAUCACAAGGCACAUUGCCGCCAGUUGUGCGCAGUUGUGUGUUUAAUAUUUUUCUGUUAUCGUAAAACAAUACAAUAAAUUUAUAUUUCAAAUUAUAUUGAUACAAUUAUGGGUUAAUUUGAUGUACAGUAAAACCGUUAUUUUCAAAAAUUUUAGACCAUUCCUCAGUAAACUUUUUAUUUACUCGUGCGUUUCAUUAAAUCAUUCCAAAUUAAUUAAAUUUCUACAUCUAAAUUGAGAAAAUGGAUCAGGACAACAUAGAUAUGCAAUCAACAUUGCCUGAUACCCAACCAGCCGAAACAUUCACUCAAUCACAGCAUCUAGAUAGUCAAUCUCAAGUUAACGAAAGUUGGGGCCAAUUAAUACCUUCAGUCAAAUCAUCUCUUGCUGGCAGAGUGGUUUUAUCAUCCAUCCAAAUGACUAAAGAAAUAUAUACAUUUGGACGAGACCCUAAUUGUGAUGGAAUAUUUACAGCACAGAAUAUUUUAAAGCAAAAUUUAUUAAUGGCAAUAAGUAAAAUACACUUUAAAAUAAUACGAAAAGUUAUUAAUAAUAAAAAUGAUAAAGUCGUUUAUCUUGAAGAUAGUAGUCAAAAUGGAACUUUUGUUAAUAAAGUAAAAGUUGGACGCGGUAAAAGAGUUGUAUUAGACAAUAAUGAUGUAAUAUCACUUGCCGAAGGAGACAUUUCUUUUUUUAAGUUUAUUACUGAAACUUAUGGGUUCAAUAGUUUACCAGCACAAUGGAAAUCAAAAUACGUAACGUUACGAACAUUAGGAUUUGGUGCUUGUGGGGAAGUCAAAAUGGUGUAUAGCAAAAACAAUUUCCAAACUUAUGCUAUGAAAAUAAUUUCGAAAAAAGGACACACAACAAGUGAUCGUAGAAUCGCUAUUGAUAAUUCUGAUAAGAUUCUAAAUGAAGUUAAAAUAUUACAAGCUCUAAAACAUCCUUUUAUAAUAAGAAUGGAAAAAGUUAUUGAUACACCAAUGAAUUUAUACAUAAUGUUGGAAAUUAUGGAAGGAGGCGAAUUAUUUGAUAGAAUUCGUAUGAAUUCUGGAUUAGCAGAAAGACAAACGAAAUUCAUUUUUUAUCAAAUAGUUGAGGCCGUAAACUACCUUCACAAUCAAGGAAUUACACACCGCGAUUUAAAGCCGGAAAAUAUAUUACUAGCUUCCGAUGCGAAAUAUCCACUAGUAAAAGUAUCAGACUUUGGAUUGUCGAAAUUAGUUGAUGCUCAAACUAUGAUGAAAACUUUUUGCGGCACACCAAUGUAUGUAGCACCAGAAAUUCUAAAAACAGGAGGAAGAGGAGCAUAUACUAGUCAAGUAGAUAUUUGGAGUCUUGGUGUUAUCCUUUAUGUUACUCUCAGUGGAUGUGUACCAUUUAUUACUCAUAAUAAAAAAAUGGAACUUCAUGAUCAAAUAAUAAAUGGACAUUAUCGUUUUAAUUCACAAUUUUCAACAGUUUCUCCUGAAGCAAUAAAUCUAAUAGAAGGUAUGAUGACAGUGGACCCUUGCCGACGAAAAACAAUUAGAGAAGUAUUAGUAGACCAAUGGCUACAAGAUGGUGACAUAAAAAUUGAAAUAAGAAGGCUUUUAAAUGGAUAUAAUAACGAAAACAAUCCACCGAAUGUUGAUUCAUCUGAAGAAUUAGAGAAAAGAAGUGGUUUUUCAAGAGAUCAAGAAGAUUCACCCCAAUUUGGUCUACGACUUCCCGUAGCCAAAAAACCUCGAAUUAAUUAAACCAAAAUUUUUACUAAAUUAUUUGUGUUUUAGACAUAAAAAUAUCACUUUCUUAUCUAAUUCUUA